ACUUACUUUUGCCACCAAUCCAUGCAGGUAAAACAAAAAACCCUUAUGGUCUGAUAUUAUUUUUAUAUGUUGAUUUUGUAUAGAAUCCGUUUUUGUACUCAAGAUAUUGUGAUCUUUAGAGAAGAUAUCCUCAAUAGACUAUGGCGAAAUGUUCUUUUGAAUCCAAAUACUCAAGUUGAACCCGAACCUGUCAAGCAUGUAAUGGUACGAACAUUGAUUGAUCAAGGUCACCUAUGCCCACUACCACUCUCCGUACGACCGAUCUAUUGGAGUCAUGAUCAUGCUAUGAGAUUAUAUCCCUUACCACAAUCAGUAUGCACUCAUUGUCUUAAUCCUGGAAGUUUCGCCAAUUCAGACUUUCAUUUGCUAUAUAUUAUCCUGGUAGAAAAACUCAGAAAGAUGUUUUGCCACUGAAUUUUAGAUUAGUUAGUUGGUUAGAUCAUCAUUUUUUUUUAUCUUCCGUUUGUACAUUAGAAAUCAU